CGCCGCCGCCAUGUCUUCCGGGGCCAGCGUGAGUGCCCUGCAGCGCCUGGUGGAGCAGCUCAAGCUGGAGGCCAGCGUGGAGAGGAUCAAGGUCUCUCAGGCUGCGGCAGAGCUUCAGCAGUACUGCAUGCAGAAUGCCUGUAAGGAUGCUCUGCUGGUUGGAGUUCCAGCCGGAAGCAACCCCUUCCGAGAGCCCAGAUCCUGCAUUUUACUUUGAAGACUUGGAAGAAGUUUGUUGAGAAAUGCCUUCGAGCACAAAGUAAUGAAUGACUGACUCCAAGUCUCAAGAAAACACUUUUCUUUAGCCAAAUGACUGAGAUAUUUCAGACCUUUCCAGUGUCCUGAUCUUACAGCCAAAAUUCUACAGAAAUUAAUGAUUUUCUACUCAAAUAAGGAAACUGAGUGAAGAAAUAGAAUUGUUUUAAGUAAUAAUGGCUUAGUUCUCCUGAAGAAGUGCUUUGUAUUAAGAUAAAAACCUUACCACCAAUAUACUAAAAUACACCUCUUUAAUAAGUGAGUUACUGGUGUUGCUAUACCUAGAAUAUCAUGUAUGUUUUAUUAACUGGAUGUUUACAUUUUAGGAAGGAAAACACUUUUGUUUAUU